AUGACUAAUUUUGUUCAUUCUUCGGGAGACACUAGUGUUGUUGAAGAGACCGUUGUAGAGUAUACUGAGGUUGUUGAAGAAGUAGUAUUACAUCAUAAUGUCGAAGCUUUAGAUACUGUAAAGGAAGAAAUUGAGGAAACCACCACUAAUGUUGGAGAUGUAAAGCAAGGAUUUGAGAAAAAAUCAGCAGUUCAAAAACUUGUCGCGUCCUUUGAAACAAAACCAAUUGUUGAAGCUACUAAAGUUAGUGAGCUUAUUGAUAAAAAAGAAGUAAAAGAUAAUGGUGGAAGUAUUAAAGAAGUGGAGGAAGUAAAGGUGGAAGAAGAAAAAGUGGAGGAAGUAAAGGUGGAGGAAGAAAAAGUGGAGGAAGAAAAAAUGGAGGAAGAAAAAGUGGAGGAAGAAAAAGUGGAGGAAGAAAGGAAAGAGGAUGAAACAGAUCUGCUUAAAGAAGAAGAAAACGUUGAAACAACAAUUGAAGAACUAUCACAACAACAACAAAAUAAAAUGAUAAUUGUUGAAGAGAAAGAAGCAUCAUUAUCAUCAAUUGAUGAAACUGAAACUGUUACUGAUAAUAUUUUGACUGAAGAAAAAAAGGAAUCUUCAAUUACUGAAUGUAAUGAUAAUGCUAAUGAUACUACUAUUAAUACAACAACCAGUGAUGAUAAAACUGAACCAUUAACUCCUCCAAAAAGUCCAACUGAAGAAAAAGAUAAAUCAGAAAAAAAAGCAACUGCUGUUAAAUCAUCUACCGCUAACACUUCCACUGCCACUAGUGCAAAAAUGUCCAAAACAACUUCUUCGUCAUCUUCAUCAGGAACAACUAAACAUGUUGUCAACAAAAAAUCAAUCGGAUCAUCUAGUACUAAUGCUACUUCAACAGCAUCAUCUACUGCGUCUACUUCUAAUGUCAAACAAACUCGCUCCCGUUCACAUUCUGUCAGUAAAUCCAAUCCACCAGCAUUAUCCAAGCCUCCCGCACGUACGCCAAGCUCGUCAAGCACAUCAAGCAUAGCAAGCAUAACAAAAUCUACAAAUUUAAAACAACCAAAUAGUUCGACAGUCACGAAACCACAUCCUUCUCCCACCAAAUCUGCAACAGGAGCAUCUUCAUCAAUUACCAAAACUUCCGCCACCAAAUCUGUAACAUCAAAUUUAACAAAAUCUGCUUCAAAUCUACCUACCAAACAAACCACCACAUCCACUACUGCUAAAUCACAAAAUCAAAAACCACCUGUUAAACAAGGUAGUAAUGCUACAAGUGCUAAUUCCAAUACAUCUGGCCCAACUCGUAAACCCUCAUUAAGUGUUAAUAGUUCAACAACAGCUAGUGCUUCUCCUAAAAAAGCCCCAUCAACCACCACAUCCAAUCACGUUAAAUCAACCACCGCUACCUCCAAAACCAAAACGCCAUCUUCUACGGUAGCCUCCAAAUCUGUUGCUAAGUCUCAUAGCCCAAAAACUAAUGGUGUCACCAGUGGUGAAAAAGUAACUUCCCCAACUGAUGUCAACUUUAAAGAAAAGAACGAAGAACUUCAAAGACUUCUUGAGGAAAAAGAAAAUAUUUUAAAAUCUCGUCAAGAAGAAUUAGAAGCUCUUAAAUCAAAAUUGGAAAAAGAUAAUGAUAGUACAAGUGAAUCAGUUGAACAACAAGUUCAUAAUAUAGAAGAAUUAAAAAAAGCUCACGAGGAAGAAACAUUAAGAGUUCAAAUUGAAAAGGAUGAAGCAAUUCUCGCUAAAGAUGCUAUAAUUGAAGAUCUUAAAAUUAAAAUUCAAUCACUUGAAGAAGAAUUCAAGGAAGAGUAUGAGAACAAAAUAGUACAACUUCAAAAGGAACAUGAUACUAAAAAUGAAGAAAUUAACGAAGCUCGUGUAAAAGAAAUUAGCGAAUUUACUCAAAAAAUUAAGGAUAAUGAAAUUGUAAUCCAAGAAUUAUCUACAUUGAAAGUAGAAAUCGAGAAUUUGAAAAAGUCUCAUCAAGAACAAUUAGCAGAAAUUGAAAAGGAACAUGCGUUAGCUCUUGAACAAGCAAAAGAACGAGUAGAUGAAUUUAUGUCAUCCCAAGGAGAAACUGUAGUAGCUAUUGAAAAAUUGAAACUUAAACAUUUAGAUGAAAUCAAUGAACUUAAAAGUGUACAUGAAAAAGAAUUAGAAGCAUCUAGAUCUGAACAAGACUCUGCAAUCAAAUCAGCAGAAUAUAAUAUUCAAGUUUCACUCCAACAACAACAUAAUGAUGAAAUUUAUAAACUUGAAUUGACACACGAAGAAGAACUAAAAACAACUAAGAACAACUUCGUAUCUAAAUAUGAUGCAGCGAUUCAAGAACUUGCAGCUCUCAAAUCACGUCAUUCGCAAGACCAAGAGCUCAUCGAAAAACAUGAGGCUGAAAUUGCAACUCUUAAAGUAAAAUAUGAAACUGAGAUUACAAAUUUAAAAUUAUUACUAGAUGAAAAUGAUACUUCACAAAAACAUCAAACUGAAAUUGCAGAAAUUAUCACAAAAUAUGAAGAAGAAAUUACACAAUUGAAAGAACAGCAUUCUACAGAACUUGAAGAAUUAAAGAAAUUGCAUGAUGAAAAAUUUCAACAAAAAACUGAUGAUGUAUCAGCUUUGGAACAGUUGAAGGCUGAUCAUGUUAAAUUGACUGAAGAGUUACAUGCUAAACAUCAUGAGGAAUUAGAAGCAGUUAAGAACGAUCUUACUUCAGAGAUUGAUAGAAUCAAUGCCAAUAAAAUUCAAUCCAUUCAAGAAUUAAAAGAAUCUAUGAUUUCACUUGAACAUGAAUUCAAAGAAAAGGAAUCGGCUCUAAAUGCAGAAAUCGAAAUACUCAGAAAACAAUGUGAUGCAACGAAUGAACUAGAACAAUUGAGACAAGAACAUAUCUCAGAAAUCAAUAAAAUAAAAUCUACUCACGAUAAAGAAUUGGAAGAUUUAAUUAGUGCUACUCAGGCAUCUUCAGAGGCCAAGAACAACGAAUUAGAAGAAUUACGUAACCAAAACAGUGUUUUCAAAAAACAAAUCAAGGGUUCCGAAGAACAACUUCAAGAAUUCUCGGAUCACGUGACUUCACUUACACAACAACAUGCUGCUGAGGAACUUGAUAUGUUGAAACAACAAUACCAAGAUGUUCUUGAUAAUAAAGAAAAAGAAUUGGAAGAACUUAAAGAUAAAUUGAAAGCACUUCAUCAAGCGCAUAAUGCCAAGAUUGCAGAAAUGGAAGAAGCCCGAUUAAGAGCUCUUGAAGAAAAAGAUGAGCAAAUAAAAACUAAAUCUAUGGAAAAUAGAUGGCUCGAAGAAGAAAAUGAUCAGCAAGAUGAACUUAAAAAAGAGAAUGAUACGUUAAAAGCAGACAACGAAGAAAUGCUCAAGAUGAUACAUCAACUUCAAGUAGAAAAGGCGCAAUCAAUGUGA